AUGCAUUUCCGACAAUUGUUAUGGACGUUCGUGUUAAUGGCUUCUGCUAUAGCGGCCCCCGCCCCCAUCUCUGAGCGAGACUUUGAUACCAAAGUCGGGACUCGACGCUGGGGUGCCCACCCGCGCUACGGCGGUAACGAUGCUUAUCGUGUUGCUGUACUUGAAGCGAGAGGACCUCCCAAGCCUGCCCCAAGGCCUGUAGCGAAGCCCAUUGCAAAGCCAAUUGCAAGACCGCCUGCUCGGCCAGUAAAGCCAGCGGCCCCGGCCAAGCUACCUGCAAAAGCCGUUGCACCCGCGAAACCACCAACAAAGCCCCCUGCAAAGCCAGGCCCCGGUACACCGCUCCCGCCCCCGCCCAUUAAGCCUGGACAACAAUGUGGCGUCAGAAAUGGGAAGGGUAAACGCGCCUUCGAUGUGUCUUGUUCCGUGAACUCACUCGAACUCGACGGUGUCACUCGGUCAAUCACCAAGCUUAGCGAAGAAGACCAAGGCAACUCGGCCAUAACCUACAAGGUCGACGGUGGCUGGCCUGACCCAAGAAGCGGGCAAAUCUACACUGCGUAUGCGAAGACAGGAAAAAAAUCAGGCGUAACGUUCGACGAUGAGAUUCGUUGGCUUCGCAGAGUCGAUCAACUAUUAGCCAAUGGGGCUUGGGAUGGACACAACUUCAUUGUGUUCCGCGGCGUGUCCGGGAAAGUCAAGAUUCAAGACACCUCGUUCUUCAUGACGUUGUAUCCUCUCAUGCAAAAAGGCGACGUGAAGGGCUGUGAAGCCGAAGUGAUGAAGAAAAUUGAUUUGAUUGUGGAGGAAGCCAAAGUCUAUGUCAAAAAAUUCAAGACCCUCCAUACCGAUAUCCAACCUAACAACAUUCUAUGGGACAAGGCUGGUAACAACCCUACUCUCAUCGACUGGGGCCAAGCUACGAACGAAGAAACCUGGGAUUCUACUGUCGAGGCUAAAGUUAGGAAACAAGCGGAAUUCUCGCAUUUGAAGGGAGGGGAAAAGCUCUUAAUUCCAUCUAUACGAGUUGAUGUUCUGAGUGGGAAGUAUGGCAUCUUGACAGGGCCGCUAAGGAGCGCAACAUGUUCAGUCAGUCAUGUAGCCAUGGUUUGGAACGACUUCCGGGCUGUGUAUUUCGACGAAGAAACUGAGAAAUACACCCCUGCACGAGGUGGCUUGAUGGCUUGA